GUUCGGAUCGGGUUGACUUUGCGUAGCGACGGUUUGGCUACGAUUUGGAUGCGCUCGAAGCACGUUUCGUAGCUGGGGACUGCGCGCGCGUUUUGUUUUGCCUCCGUGGUAUCAGGACACGAUUUGGACGAUGUGUCGCGUUUGUUUUUGUUUUCGCCGAGCCAAUUCAGCCGCUCGCGAUCGGAAAGGAGAACUGCAAAUGAAUGAUGGGUUGAGCAAGCAUGCUCACGGUGAACUUGAUUGAUUCGGACCCGGCCGGUUUACUGUCGGUGUGGUGCUACGGGGUAAUUAAGACAACAGAUAGCCUCAACCUGUUGGAUAUUGAUCGUUUCGAUCGACCAUUUGUUAUCGGAUCGGUUCGGUUCACGGAGGGGCAGUGAUUUAGUGAAAGAUCGAGGUGUAAAUUGGAAUUGCGACGACUGCUGGUGAACGGAGUGGUUGGCAAAAUUCAGCUAGGUACCAAACACUGACAAGUGCCGUGACCUAAAGAGAUUAUCGACGGGCACCGGAGAGCACCAAUUAACGUUAUCGGUGAAUGUGUUCAGGAGUUUCCGAGGACAAAACGCACUCAAGUGGGGCUGGUCAACGCAAUCGAUGCAGCCGAUACCGAGAGGAAACUGUGAGUGCUAUGCGUCAUUAAGGGAAACUAUGCUGUUUGCGCGUUUAAUGCUUAUCAAUUUGUGUGUGAUUUUAAUGAAGUCGCUCGGACUGUCGUUGAAAAACGAUUCUCGCCGAAGCAGCCUGUGAAAAGUGGUUGUUGUUCAGAGCGUCCUGUUUUACGGUGUUUGUGAUUUUGUUCAGGUCGUUCUGCAGUGGUACUUUAGAGGCGUGGAACACAGUUUUACGGUUCCUUUGUGGUUUUGUUUUUUCGACCGACCUAAUGAAGAAGUGGUUCGCGGUGGAGGAGGUUUGAUGCAAAGUGCAAGUUUUUAUUUUUCAAAUUUAAUUAAGUUUGGUUUUCCGGUGUGUACCUAGCCGGGUAUGGAGGAGGAAAAAAAACAAAAACGAAUUAAGUGUGAGUUGAAGUACGACGGCUCCGGGUGUGAUUAAAAUUCUGCUGCUUCGCAUAAUUAAUAAUAUAUCCAGCAAAUUUGUAACAAGGCAGUAACGAACGUCGGAAAGCGUGAGAUUUCGUGGUAGAAACAGAGCGCAAUAUCUGACGCCAAGGUGUAAAUGUGUGAUAAUAACCCUUUUUGAUUGCCGGUGCGUCUAUAUUUUGGUGGAUUUAAUUGAUACCUCGGAACUCUUGGACAGCGGUCCAAUGAGGCGUCGUCUCCUGUAGGAGUUCCUACGACAAUUACCUCCAUUUCGAGACUGAGCAAUGGAUCGAAAGAAUGGAACAAAGAUACCGGCAACAUCCGCAUCUGCAUCGUCGUCUAUGCGUCGAAAAGUUCCCGUCAAAACAAACAUCCAUUCCACCCAGCAGGAGAAGCCACCGACCUUGGCCGUCCCGCAGGAUACGAAAAUGGGUAAAGGCAGCUGCACGGUGGCGAUGAAGAUGGAGACUACGAUGCAGCCUACAUUCGCCUCCGUACAUCGUCCACGACAGAUGAGCACGAUGGCUGGCAUCAAACGAACCGGUUCCCAGUCCCGAGCGGACCUAGUGUCCCACCAAAAGCAGACACAGCAAAAAUUUGUCGGCGGUCUUCCCUUUUGGCAAGAUGGCAGCGCCGGAACGGCGAUGGUUGACUCAAUGAACGAAAACAAUGCCGGAAUAUUUAAUCAACCGGCUGCUGCAGUACUGCCACUGCCUGUGCAGAUACCUCAUCCCUAUGCAAAUUCCACUGCAUUCCCGGGGCGUCUCCCGCAGCCGAGCCAGCUGGUUUACAAGGCACUGGCUAACCAGCAACAUCAGCAGCAGCAGUUUGACAUGUCUCUUUCGCAAAAGUCUGAUUAUCAACAGCAAAACAACCCAAGGCACAUUGCCAAUCCGAAGCCCUCGACAGCCGCAACUGAACACCGAGUACCAAAACAGCAAUCGCAACUUCAGCUAUGCAAAGUGUCACCCAAAUUGCUAAACGAAAUCUAUGAGCGGCACUUGUUGAAUCAAACGGUGUUCGAUGAGGUCGGUUCGGCAGCUAUGCAAGUCCUCCCACCAGGAACUGACCGAGACAGCCGACGCUUCGUCAUUUCGAAAUCAUCAACGGCGUUACACCAUCAGCGGCAGCACCAGCAGCAGCACCAGCAGCAGCACCAGCAGUCAAACCAGACCCAUAAAUUGUCGAAAGGAGACGUCGGUGAAAAUUUAUACGAAUCGAUUCACAGCAAUUAUCAUAUCUACGAAAAAAUCGAAUCCACCAGCAAACGAGGCUCGCGGCUCGAACAGUACGUCAGACCUCCGCCCCCACUACAGCCUCGACCCAAGUCACUUCCGGUUGGGGCCACGUUGUGUUCGAGUCAGCAGGUUACAGCUUCGAAAACAGCGACCCAACGGAACCCGAGCUCUAUUCCCUACAAGCUGACCAGUCCGGAUGCCCUGCGGGCCAUGAAAAGUCCCGUCGCGGAAAGCCUAUCACCCAUCGCGGAAAAGCCACACGUUUCAGCAAUUCCCGUGUACGGUGCCACAGGGAACGGUGGUCCCAAUAAAUUACUCAUUACUGCGGACAAGAUCAACAUCGCCCUGGAGACGGCCAAGGCUCUGGCGACGGCAGCAUACAUCGAGAGAGCUGCGCAACGCCUGGCUUCGGGCAGUGUGAUUCAACAACAGAAGCAGCAGCAGCAGCAGCAUCAGACCCAGCAUUUGAACGCAAAAAUGAGUGGCACCGGUGUGGGUUGUGGCGUAGGCGGCGAGAUCGGUGGCUUCUGCGGCGCAAUACAACGGACGCCACCGUCGGUGCCGGCCGGGUUGGCACGAAGGAUGGCCAACCGGGAGAUCGGAGGACUAGGCAAGGUCAAAGUAAUGCUCCGUGUUUCGGAUGACCCCCCAAAACCGGCUGCCCAAUCGGAGGAGUCUCAGCCUGGCAGCAGCACCGCCAGUGCCAGCAGUCCCAGCUAUCUGACGGUGGACAAAAAGAAACGCCAGGUGACGCUGUGCGAAACGCAAACAAACCUCGCCGGCAGCACUGCGGCAACCCAGGAACGAGGACCCAUGGUAUCGGCGCCGAAAAUGUUUGCAUUCGAUGCAUUAUUUACGACCGAGGACUCGCAGCAUGACAUUUGCGGUAGUGCGCUAUCAGAGGUGAUACCGGCGGUGCUGGAGGGUUCCGAUGGAUGUUUGCUGUCGUUAGGAUAUCCGGGAGCAGGACAAUCACGUACCAUGUUCGGCACGCUGGCUACACCCCCGUCGGACCUUGGGGCCAUUCCGUGCGCAAUCGCCUGGCUGUACAAGGGAAUUAAUGAGAAACGUCAGAAAUCAGGUGCGAGAUUCUCGGUCCGUGUCAGCGCGCUCGGUGUGAACGCAACCAAGCCGGGGUCAUCGUCGAGGGAUUUGCUCGCCGGGCAUGCGACAGAAUCCGACGAUUCACCGGGAAUGUACUUGCGGGAUGACUUCCUCGGUCGACCCACGGAACUGCGAGCUCCGACGGCUGAACGGGCGGCGCUCUUCCUGGAUUUGGCUCUCUCAGGACGGGCGCAAAGCAGCAGUAAUAACUUGGAGCCGGCACUAAUUUAUACCCUGCACGUCUACCAGUACAGUUUGUCCGGCAAGCGUGGCGUGGAAGGUGGUCGCAGCCGGCUCCAUCUAAUCGACCUCGGAGGUUGUGCCAAUCGAAGCGGAGGGUUGCCUCUGUCCGGCAUCGGUAAUGUGCUGCUGGCAAUACUCAGCGGUCAGAAACAUCCACCAAACAGGGACCAUCCGUUGACGCCACUGUUGCGGGACUGUCUGGCGCCACUCACUUGUCACGUGGCAAUCGUUGCCCAUGUGGCACAUUCUCAGAUUCACAGCGAUACUCUGACCACAAUCCAAUUGGCGUCUCGUAUUCAUCGAAUGCGCCGACGAAAACCACGGCACCAUCUGUUUGGCGAUCGAGGGGCAGGGCUCGGUGGAUCUUCCGGUCACCAAACCGGAAGCUCUUCCGAAGGUCCCGAUCCAUCCAGUUCGGACUUUUCUCAGGACACCGUAAUCUACAUGGGACCAUGCGACGAGGCAACCGAUGGCGAGCACCCACCCGUCUAUCUGCCAAGUCUCAAUUCCGGCGACAAUCGAUGUGCCAUGAACAAAGCACUCAAAGGAUCGGCCGCCGAAAAACCGACCCCGACUGUGACAGCUUCACCCCAGAAAAAGAAAAUUACUUCCACUCCCAAGCGUAAGAGUGAAACCCAGCCCCCUCCCAUCAGAUUGAAUUACUUCAAUACCUAUUCUUCCCCCCUUACAGCUCAAAAUCCUGCCCCAGCACCGAUCCCCACACGUACCGACAGUCUGAAGCGGACUCAGCACUAUGGUCAGCAACCGGUUGCCAGUCCGGAACUGGUAGCCAAUGCAAUCCAAAUAGCUGCUCAACACGCUUCCCCCAAAAUAGUUGCCGGAGCCUUUAAGCACAUGACCGGUAUCAGUAAAGGUUCGAACAUUCCCACACCGAAAGGAUCUCCACUAAGACGACCGAAUCCAUCAGCAGCGGGAGCCUCAACCACUUCCGCCGCCGCCCGAGAAAGUCCCUCUCGACAGGUUAGUGAGGAAAAGUGGAUCGACGGUCCACGAAUGUCCAAAUCCAAAGUUCACGAAGCUCGGCAUAUGCUGAGGGAAAUCAACCACGUGAAAAACCACGAAACGUGGGUUGACGGUCCGAAAACGGCCAGUGCGACACAAGUGUUUCUUCCCCCGACAGCCCAUUCCAAUCAAGCCUAUGGGUUCAUGGAUAACCACAAGAAAUCCAUGAUACGACAGUGGGUCGAGAACCAAUCGAUACAGUUGCUACAGCAGUCGAUGUCCGCGAAUAACUCUCCGGCCCACAGCCGACAUCAGAGCUACAAUCCACCCAAGUUCCGACCAAGUAAAUCCGACGAAGAUGGUUUCGUGCUGGAACUGGAACGAAACGAUGAACUGGUCAAUCCAAUUGCAUUCCGAGGUUUCACUGCAACUAGCUGUGGGUUGAACAGUUCGGAAAGUCACGUGCGCACAGGUCUCAAACAAGCCUACAGUCUAGACAAUCCGGAAACUCAACCAAUCUCGGUAAUGAGUUUACCGUACACUACAGCCGUAACGACUAUCAUGACUACGACAACGGGAACGGCCACCAACACCACCACCGCCGUUGCUGUAGCGAACGACAACCAAUCGGAAAGGUCACAUCCUGCCUCAUCGCGGGCCAGUGACAAACCAACCAGUAGACACGGUGAUAGCCAAGAAGAAGAGGACCAAGACAGUGGACCUUCGGAAGUACCACCUGCUCUUCCGUUGAUGGAUCCACUGGGUUCGCGGGAAAUUUCCCACGAAAGCAUCCACCGGCUCUGUUCCAGGCAUGUGUCGAGGGACAACAUGAGUAUUCACAGCCACAACAGUCACAACACCGGAAUGAUGGACUGUGGGUUACAGGUUACCGAGGACGAUAUAGCGCGAACCAUGGGAGGGGAGCAUCCUUUAAGUGCCCUAAGUCAUGGUGAGCUUUCGGUCGUAUCGAGUUUCAACGUCGGUGGCGACGCGUUCAGUGAUUGUGUAAUUGGAGAUAGCAUGCGGAACCAAUUUGACCAACUGGCAAGGUUACGGGAGAUCUUUACCUCGCAGCUAGCGAUGGCCGAGGUAACACCGGCCUUUCGACUUGGGGAUGCCGGCAGUGUCUACAGUGAACCGGCGUAUCGCUUCAACACGGGUCCAGCUAGUGUUUGCAGUGAACCCGCCUACCGGCCACCAAGUCCCCGAUGUCGUGACUGUCGGCAAUCGCUGAACCUGUCGCGGACACCCAGCCAAAACUCGUUGCCAAGUUUAACGGGGAUCGUAGCGAUAGCCGGAAUGGAGCAGUACGCUUCGCUGCGACACCCGGACGGAGCGUCGGAUCCUAAUUUGCCAAAACUUGAAAAGAACACCGAAGAUCUACUCGACCCGGAAGAACACAUUCGCGAGAAUCCUCUCGCGGAACUCGAUGACCCGGAUGUGCUGAAAGGAGCCAGCUCAUCGAUGCUAGCACAGCAAACACUACCUACCUUGCCUCUUCUGCCGUUGUCCACUCCGGAGGCGUACGACAGCGGUCACGACUCGACACCACGGACCUCAAAGCACUCCGGCAUCUCGCGGAGGGCAGAGAGUGGCUACCACAGUGUCGGUACGGUUCGUGACAGUGACGAAUCCAGCUUCGGUUCGGCCGCAUCACGGGCGAAUCAGAAAUCCAAGAAACGAAACCGCAACGACAAAUCCCUGUGCCACUGGUUACGGAAUCCGUUCAACUGCACCUACCCGGACACGGAGGGUGACGUGAGUGAUUUUUAGGGACACGUGUAAAUGUGUAAUGGACCUUUGCUUAGUAGCUUAAUUUGUUUUUGCAUCCUCUCAGGAAGUCAGAGCACUCCACUGGCUCCUGACUUAGCGUUGUCUGUUGAAACCAAAAAUAGCCUAGGAGAUCGUCUAGCGAGAAAACACCCGAAGGACAAUAAACUGAAUCGCACCCUUUUUUCGUUGUUUUGUUGUUUCGCGGUCGUAAGCCGUUCAAAAAAAAAAAAUAAAAGGAAUGGCGAAGGCCUAUGCCUACUUGAUUCGCAAUUUCAUUACCUGUUUCGAUCUAUCAGAGGAAAAAUUUUCAGUUUCGAAAUCGAUGGUGCAUUUAUCGACUAUUUGUACAGUAAACAAUUUUAUACAUUAUAUUGGCUAUAAUUCGACCUAAUAGUAGAAAUCUGAAGCCUACUCGCAGUGUCGCUUCACCUCGUUGCUUCCGUUUGUACAACUGAACUCUAGAUACAUAUAUAAAUACGUGUGCCGCGCUAUUUCUCGUUAGCUAAUUAUUCCGAACAUGAUGAAUCAGUUUUUCACUCAACCGGUUUCCAGGAGCUGUUCGGUAAUUUUAAACCGUGCAAAAAACAUAAUGCCACCACAAUGCGGGUUUGGUCUAUUAAUUAUCGGACAAUAGUUGCGGUGAAUAUCAUUUCAUGCGUUUUUCUUUGUUCUCGUUUCGGCUUUUUUUAAAUUGGUUGCAACAAUUAAUAGAAUUAUAAUAACAUUCAAUUAAUUGCCGUCCAGGCUCUAAUGAUUUUCAACUGAAAGAAAUACACGGUAAACAACUCAAUUUAUGAGCAUAUUUCGUUGAAUCAUCUUAUUUAAAGACCAAAAGGAGAAAACUAAUCGGGACGGUAAAAGUUGUUUGAUUUAUUUAUCUUAAUUUGAAAUCAAACAUCAACGCCAUCAACCGAUUUGUUUAUAAAGCUGUUCUUAGAUUCGCUCUGGUAAGCAUGCAACAAUGUAAUUUUACUUUGCCUACUACAAAAUGUCUUCGUAAGAAUUUCAAGUAUGCAAAAAUCUAGAAGAUCUAGAAGUUUCGAAAGCAAUCGAAAAAGAAUAUUUUAAAAGAAAGAGCAUUGGUAGCAUGAUAAGAACUACAAAUGUUUUACCAAACAUCCUAUUUAUGUUGGAAUUAUUAUCAUAAUUAUUAUUAUUAUUAUUAUUAUUUCCAUGCUAUCAUUUUGGAGCGGUCAAAUCGUGGUGAGUUAGACCACGAGUUCGAUCGAAUCCUACCUAACUUUGAUAUUGCUACCAUUAUUAGGAAUACAAAUAAAUUAAGAUCGAAAGAUCAAUACGGCGUCACAUAAUGACGGCAUAUUUCAACAUGAAAAAUUUUUUAAAAAUGACAUAAAAAAUAAAAAAACUGUGAGGUAAUGAACUCAACACUUUGAGAGCGAAAUAAAAUAAAAAACAGGACGAAAUAAUAAAAAACUGAUUAAUAGAAAUCGAGAAUACUUCACGAUAAAAUAAAACAAGUAUAGAAUAAAAUUAACAGAAGCAAAAUUAGAAGAACAAAAAGAACAUCGACCCUCAUUGAAUAUCUAGAGAGCAAAUUGAAUAAGUUAAUAGAACUAGAUAGUGUUAAUUAACUUGAAAAAAUGAAAUAAUAAGGUAAGUUGAAUGAUUUACCAAUGACAGUCUAUAGAAAUCGAACAAAAACGGGAAUACGGAAUACGGAAUACGGAAUACGGAAUACGGAAUACGGAAUACGGAAUACGGAAUACGGAAUACGGAAUACGGAAUACGGAAUACGGAAUACGGAAUACGGAAUACGGAAUACGGAAUACGGAAUACGGAAUACGGAAUACGGAAUACGGAAUACGGAAUACGGAAUACGGAAUACGGAAUACGGAAUACGGAAUACGGAAUACGGAAUACGGAAUACGGAAUACAGAAUACGGAAUACGUAUACGGAAUACGGAAUACGGAAUACGGAAUACGGAAUACGGAAUACGGAAUACGGAAUACGGAAUACGGAAUACGGAAUACGGAAUACGGAAUACGGAAUACGGAAUACGGAAUACGGAAUACGGAAUACGGAAUACGGAAUACGGAAUACGGAAUACGGAAUACGGAAUACGGAAUACGGAAUACGGAAUACGGAAUACGGAAUACGGAAUACGGAAUACGGAAUACGGAAUACGGAAUACGGAAUACGAAAUACGAAAUACGAAAUACGGAAUACGGAAUACGGAAUACGGAAUACGGAAUACGAAAUACGGAAUACGGAAUACGGAAUACGGAAUACGGAAUACGGAAUACGGAAUACAGAAUACGGGAUACGAAAUGUGGAAUACGGAAAACAGAAAUUGAAAAAAUAUCAAUAUGAAAAGAAAUAAACAUACAUAAAAAGAGAAGCAUAAAAAGAAAGAGAAAGAAUAAGUGAAAUAAUGUAGUAAUUGAACGAAGAAAAGAAACCAAAACAACGGAGAAUACAAAAACAAAAUUGAAUAUCGCAAAAAAAACAAAAUGAACGAGAAUAAGUAAGAAAAAAAAAUUGAGAAUAAGUGAAAAAAUAUAUGAGUAAAAAAUCGAAGAAAAAAGGAAGGAAGAAGUAGAAUUAUGAAUAAAAAUAAAUAUAAAAUGAAAAUGAAGACGAAAAACAGAAUAAGCGAUAUAAAAUGAUAAAGAAAACGAAUAUAUAAGAAAACCGAAAACUGCAUACAAAGAAAGAAAAAUUAAGAAACGAUAACAAAGAUAAUGGAGAAGAAAGAUAAGAAGGAAAAAAAGGGUAGAAGGUACGGAAUGCGGAAUGCGAACUUGUAAUACGGAAAAGAGAAAUAUAAAAAAUAUCAACGUAAAGAUGAAUAAUCAUAGAUAAGAUUACAUGAAAAAAUAGAAUAAUUAAACGAGAACGACAAACCGAAAAAAUAGAGAAUACAAGAAAAAAAAUUGAAUACAGCAAUAAACAAAGUGAGUGAGAGAAAAUGAGAGAAACACGAAAAAGAAAAGGGACUAUUAAAAAAAGCAAAGGAAAAAGGAAUGAGUAAAAAAAAUCAAUAAGAAUAUACUCCUGAACGACCAAAAUGGUAAAAACCGGGGUAAAAUACAUGAUAUAAAAAAUGAAUAAGAAUAAGCAAAAAAUAAUAUGGAAAUGAUCAACAAAAUAAGCAAAAUAAAAGCAUUAAAAAAGAAUUAAAAAGAAAACCUACAAAUAUAUAAAAAUAUAAACAAAAACAAAAUGCAAGAAAAAGGGAAGACGAAAAAUGAAAAUAAAUUUGAUGCGGGUGCGAUCAAUUAAUGUUGUUUCGAAAUAAAAGAUGCCUUUUUCAUCAAUUGGUUUCUCGUCUAAACAUUUAUUUUUCGUUUAACGGCCAAGCCAGAUGAAAGUUGGCCGUAAACGAAUAAUAAAUGUUUUGACGCGAAAUCAAUUGACCAAAAAGACAUCAUUAAUUUGAAAUGAAAAUUAAACAAAAAAGAAAAAUAGAAACGAUAGGAAUGAUAAGGAAGAAAAUCAAGAUACGAGAAAGAAAGGAUGCAAAAAGAAAUUGAACAAAUAAAGAAGGGACAAACAAGAAAAAACAGAAAUGAAAGAAAGAAAAAGAAAUUAAAUAAUAAACAAAAACGAACAGAAAUAUAAAACAGAAACGAAAUGACAAUAAAACAGAAAAAGCAUACGUUGAAAGAGAAAAAAAAGAAGAAAUAGAAUAAUGGAAAAGGCAGAAAAGAGAAGAAAAAUUGAAAGAGAAAUGACAAAAACAAAUUAAAAGAUUAAGAACAAGAAAAAUGAUUAGGAAGAAAAAAUGAUAAAUAAGAGAAAGGAACAAGAAGAAAGAUAUUGAACUAAAGAAAGAAAAGAGUAAAAUAACAAGAGAGGAAGUAAAAUAAUGUUGAACUAGUUUUGAUAAACUCUCAUCCACCAACCUGCAUCGCAUAACAAUAAUUUCAAAGCAAAAAAAAAACAGAUUGAUUCACUUGAAGAAACAUUUGAAAAGUUUAGUUCAUCCUGUUCAGUUCACUACUGCAUCCAAGAAUUAUUUCAUGGUAGCAUUAGUCGGUGAUUGUAUUUUUUUGAUUAUUAGUGUCACUCAAUUAUUUCUUAUAUUAUACAGGAAUAUAUUGGGUUUGAAGAAAAAAAUUGUGGCAUGUAAUUAAGCAUCCAAUGAUUUCGUCGUUUUAUUUUCUACUAAAUAAUCCACUUACUCCUCUUGAAGUGAUGCUAACUUCUCUAACCGUGUCUAUUAUCGAUUACUAGACAUUUAUAGUUUUUUUUAAAUUAUUUAACACCACAUUCCUUUUGAUAUAUAUGUUGUACAUGUUGAAUAACAUUCAUCGAUUGGAAAGAGAUAUUCCAGGUCACAUUCAAACAGCAAUAUUAUUUAGCAAACACAUUAUUGUUAACUCGAUUUGACCGGAUUUUUUUCGUUCAACCUUUUUUUCUGUUUAUGAUGAAGUUAAUAUUCAAAAUAUCGUAUGAAAUGAGAUUCACCCAACGUUAAAACUACGUCAGCAACCUCCGGGGUAAUCCAGAUUAAUUUAUCGCCGGCUUCUGCAGCUGUGAUCAAACCUCACCAGUCAACAGUCCCGUACGUGAUAUACUCCCAGCAAACACACAUAAAUCUGUUGAAUCAAAUUACGCCAAUUGAAUUAAUUCCCAUAAUAAUAUAAAACUGAUUUCGCACGUCGCGACGAACAGCGAAAAAAAAACAUUUGCGUUGAAAAAUCAAUCGCAAUUGUACCUAUCAAAAACCAACGACCGUUUAUCGAGCCGAUGGUUGCCGACCACUUUUCAAACUUGGCCGUAAUUAAUCUGUUUUCCAAACGUCCUGCGUGCCGCCCUCUUUCGUCAUGCUCCCUCCCCCAAGUGAAAGGACAUUAUGUCCGAACUUUGCGGCCUGUUGGUUCGCGUUGGGGCUUGGCUCCCGCGUUGAAUCAAAUUCAGUUGCAGCAGCAGCAGCGAACAUCGAAAUUUUAUUGCAGAUUAAAAAUUGGAGCCAUGACAGACCUGAUUGAUUUCGAUUAACACUGCCAGCGACGAUGAACAGUAGGAAAGGGGGGAAAUCGAAAAAAAAGAUGCAAAUAGGUUUUACCAUCCAAAAUCAUACGAAAAAAAAUCCGAAAACCGAAAUGAAACCGAAACGAAAAUUUUCCACGCUGCCCAAAUUCACCCCGUCGUCUCUUCGUCAAACAGCAACAGCCACCUGAUCGCAUUUUUACUAUACAAAUAAAAAAAACUAAUGGAAAAAAGGCUUUUACCGGAAUCGACUAUAUACAUAGAUAUAUUAUUAUUAUUAUUAUAGAGUAGUGUAACGGAUUGCAACCAACGCCGGUAACGUAAUCGAUGAAUAUUGUGCUACCAAUCAAUACCAUUGUAGAAUGGAAUUAUUAUAUAUGAAAUAUUAUUAUUAUUAUUAUUGCUAUUAUAUUAUACAAUAUUACUAGAGAAUGAACGGGCAAACGUGGUCAUUAUAUAAUUAAAAAAGUAAUUUUAUACAAAGUG